AUGUCUGUCCCUUCACAUUCUUCAGUUAUGUUCCUUUCGUCUUCUGGUAAAUACUUAUUUGUAUUGUCAUUGUACUUUGGAUUUCAAUAUGGUUCUCUGGUAAAGCUAUUUUUGGUGGUUCAACUUGAGAUUGCAGUUAAAUGGGUUGCCCCUCAUUCAAAUGGCGAGGGUCCUGAGGUAUGGCUUAGGGAUUAUGCUGGCUUUGAUAGGGUGUUUUUUGGUGGGGAUAGUGCUGGUGGCAAUUUAGCACAUAACAUGGCAUCAAGGGUUUGGCGGGAGAUACUAGAUGACUUCAAUCUUGAUGUGAUUUUUCUCAAUUGUCCUUAUUUUUGGGGGAAAGAUCUAAUCAGUAUUGAGUUAAUGAAAUUACAGGCGAAGGCCUAUGUUAAGGGCAUUUGGCAUUAUGUUCACCCAAAAUUUACGGGGGUUGAUGAUCCAUUGUUGAAUCCUCUGAUGGAACCAAACCUUUCAAGUUAG